AUGCAUUCAGCCACAAUUCAAGCAGAAGUGAACACCAAACGUCGUCGUACCCAGAACUGUCAACGGAGGAGGAGAGGUGUAACGGGCUCUCGGAUCCAUAGGGAUUUAGCUUGCGUAGUCGAUGUUUAUGAGCGGGGUGGGUUGUUUGCCCAAAAAAGCCAGUCGACCAAAUUUAGGUACCCAGGUGCCGGCACUUCAGUAUCAUUGGGUGCUGAGAAGGGGUCAUAUGGUAAGCGAGUCGACAAGGUAUUGAGAUCCAAACAAGGUGAAUUGUACGAAGAGCUCUGGGCUGACUAUAUACUGUACGAGAAAGGAGCUAGUCCGAAUGAUAACCAAUCGGGCCCAGCCCGCCCCUACAGCCAGACUAGCCACUAUGGUAGCGUCACUGACCCGUACAGUUCGUUAGGCCCUUGGAAUGCUUUAAAAUUUUGGAUUAGAGGGGCAUCUGGUGCACGCUACUCUUUUUGUAUUAAAGGCCCUGGAAUUUCGAAAAGAGAUCUGAUAUCUAGUAAAGUACAGGAAAGUGGAGGUUGUGGAGACGAAUACAUAAAGGACGGAGUGGAAUCUGUGACCCCGCGCACGCGCGAUAAUUAUCAAUCAUGCCAUUUAUCAUCGCGGUCACUAUCUUGCUUCACCUUCAUCUUCACCUUCACUUUCCCUCUCCCUCUCCAGCCCCUGCCAUUUGCCCUAGCCAUGUACUUCGUUCUUACCAAUCCCAUCCAAAUAUCGCCGAGUGCUGCACCUCGUGUUUGCCCCAUAAAACAGCAUUUCCGACUCACUAGAGUAAAAGGAAAUGAAUUUAUAGACCAUGGCGAGAGAAGACAUGAAGCUGGUGUGAAAAUUGUGGGAUCGGACUGGUGGAAUGAACAGGAUGGGACCGAGACGCAUCGCCCAAUUAACUCAACCACAAUUAAAUUCGCCGCACCCGCACCUCCGGAUCGGGCCGAGCCGGUAAACGUGGCUUCUUCAGGCAUCCCCCGGAAAGUUAACGAAAACCUCCUCCCCGGGGCUUGUAUCAGAUCACGAUUGAUAACAGCAACUAUGUCUUCCGAACACACACCAGACCUUUCCACCUUUCCAUUCUCUCCCGACCAGUUCAGUUGUGUCCGUCUCAUUUCAGUGUACGGCGCUUCCCCCUCUUCCCUCCACUUCUUUAGCUGUGGCCUGAGCUUCCCCCCUAUCGGGCAAUUCAUCCCCACUAUGUUGCCAUUUUCCUACACUAUCUGCCCCCCUUGUGUCUUCAUUUUCGCCCCGAAUCUAACUGGCCAUCAUCCUGCCAUUAUUGGGGAGAUAUAUAUGGCUCCUCCUAUAUUUCGAGUUGAUGCGCCAGCUGGGGGUCGAAGAGUCCUUAGGUGCGAUGUUUAUCCGCUUAGUUCACAUCGCGACGCUGAUAGCUGCCACACCAGCCAUGCAAGUAUCACAUUGUGUCCUGAAGAUUUUACAACUUCAUCUCGUCGCCCCCUAUCCAUCCUUUUGUCGAGCCUCGGUUCUAGCUACCCCGGGCUGAGCGACGCGCAUUACCCCUCGCUCGUAGCUCCCAAGUCCAACCUCCCCACGGACCGCAUUGCGUCCCCUGGCAAUGAUGACGAUGAUAUGGACGCAAAUGAGGCUAACCCCAACUGCUCGGUCCCAAACCCCGCCAUAGUGGACCAGAAACUCCGAGACCUGACUAUCGUUGAUCUCAGCUUCGGAUUCAUCACCGACGCGCAAUGGCCAGAGUCCUCUAGGUGGAACUUCUAUAUAACCUGGAAUUCUAUGAUAGAUAUAUCACAACGCAGGAGUUAUUGCGACAAAUUUUACAGGGGUGAAUGA